GGCGCUGCGCCGCGGCCGCACCGCGCUUGCGAGCACACCCCAACCCGGCGCAGCUCUGACACCGCCCCCCUCGUUACCAUCCCUCCCUCCUCCGCCUCCUCCGCCGACCGGCCGCGGAGGGGUGCACGGCAGCGGCGCCGGAGCCGCGGCGGCUCCCGGCGGCAGCAGCUGCAGCUACCGAGCUGCGCUCUGCUCCGUGCCAGCGCCCGCAGCAACUUUGCCGCUCCGAAGGCUGCGGAAGCGGGGCGAUGUAGGCGCACCCGGCGGCAGAGCCUCCCCGGCAGCGCGGAGCAGAGCCCCCCCAGCCUCUCUUCCCGGUGGGGAGGAGCGGAGCCCCCCUCCUCCAUCCUCGGCGGAGCAGCGCGGAACGGAGUGGAGCUCCCCGCUUCUCUUCCUCCUUCCCUGCCUCCUUCCCUCGCCGGCGGCGGCCGCAGCCCGGGGCGGGAGCGCGGAUGCGGCGCGGAGCCCGGCGGAGCCCAUCGCGGGGCCGAGGCUGGGCGCCGCGAAGAGCGGGGGGAUGCUGAGCCCCGCCGCCCGGCACCGCGCCUGCCUCCGGGAGAUGCUCCUCGUGCUCGCUCUGUGGCUGGCGUGGCAAGAAGUGCCCGCGGCGCCGACCCCCGCGGCGGACGACAUCACCCUGGGAGUUGACUGGCUGACAAAAUUUGGGUAUCUGCCUCCUCCGGACCCAGUCACGGGGCAGCUGCAAACGCAGGAGGAGCUCACCAAGGCCAUCACUGCCAUGCAGAGGUUCGGGGGGCUUAAGGCCACAGGAGUCCUAGAUGAAGCCACCCUGGAGCUGAUGAAGACCCCUCGCUGCUCUCUGCCCGACCUCACCAUUGAAGAGUCCAGGAGGAAGCGAUUUGCCCAGGCUGUCACCAAGUGGAGCAAAAGGAACUUGUCCUGGAGAGUUCGAACCUUCCCAAAAGAGUCCCACCUGGGCCAUGACACUGUCCGAGCCCUGAUGUACUAUGCCCUGAAGGUCUGGAGUGACAUCACUCCACUGAAUUUCCAUGAAGUGGCCGGAAACAAUGCUGACAUCCAGAUAGACUUCUCCAAGGCAGAUCACAAUGAUGGCUAUCCCUUUGACGGCCCUGGUGGGACGGUGGCUCAUGCUUUCUUCCCCGGUGACCAUCACACAGCAGGGGACACUCAUUUUGACGAUGACGAAUAUUGGACCUUCCGAUCAUCAGACACUCACGGGAUGGACCUUUUUGCUGUAGCUGUCCAUGAGUUUGGCCAUGCCAUUGGCUUGACCCACAUCUCUGCCAUAGAGUCUAUCAUGAGACCCUACUACCAAGGUCCAGUGGGGGAUCCUCUGAAGUAUGACCUGCCUUACGAGGACAAAGUCCGGAUCUGGCAACUCUACGGAGUCAGGGAGUCUGUGUCCCCCACAGCUAAACCUGAAGUAAGUAAAACAGAUGAUCAUCCAAUCCUGCCAGAGCUGCCAGAGAACCGCUCCACUGUCCCGCUCAGGCGGGACAUGCCCAACAGGUGUACCACCCACUUCGAUGCAGUGGCCCAGAUCCGGGGAGAGGCUUUCUUCUUCAAAGGCAAGUACUUCUGGAGACUGACUCGCAAUAAGCACUUGGUCUCCCUCCAGCCGGCUCAGAUUCACCGUUUCUGGCGAGGCUUGCCGCUCAACCUGGACAGCCUGGAUGCAGUCUAUGAGAGAACCAGCGACCACAAGAUAGUCUUCUUCAAAGGAGACAGAUACUGGGUCUUCAAAGACAACAAUGUGGAGGAAGGGUACCCACGGCCUAUUUCAGACUUUGGCCUGCCCCUGAGAGGAAUCGACGCUGCUUUCUCCUGGGCUCACAAUGACAAGACUUAUUUCUUUAAGGACAAUCUCUACUGGCGCUAUGAUGACCAUGAGCGGAGGAUGGAUCCUGGUUAUCCUUCAGAGGCCCUCCCGUGGAAGGGAAUACCCAGCCCUUUAGAUGAUGCCAUGAGGUGGUCAGACGGUGCAAGUUACUUCUUUAAGGGCAAGGAGUACUGGAAGGUGCUGGACAGUGAGCUGGAGGUGCCGCCAGGGUACCCACAGUCCAUCGCCAGGGACUGGCUGGUGUGCAGUGACAUGCUGGCCGAUGCCCCCGAGGCAGCCGGGAGCAGCAGGACUGGGGCGCGCUCCAGGCCGGGACAGCAUGACGAGAGCCGCUCGAAGAAUGGCUACGAGGUCUGCUCCUGCACCUCAGGCACCCCAUCCCUGCACCCUCACCCCAUACCCAGACUGACUGCCAGCCUCGUGCUGGCUGUGUGGACAGCAGCACUGGUCUGUAUGGCCCUCUGAUGGCUCAUCUCACCGGCAGGACAACACUGUGGUGCUCCGGAUACAGCUCCAUGAUUGCUAACUGUUGCAAGCAGAAAAAAAACAUUCCUAGGAACAUGCCAGUGAAGGAUUUGAAUUCUCCAUGAGAAAUGAACAGUGCUUUUGUUUUGGAGUUUUCUUUCUUCUUAAUUUUAGUUUAAAGGUCUAAUAACGGAGUUGAGUCCUGCAUCUUCUUAUUCCCCCAUCCUAUUAAAGAUGAGAGCAGCGUCAUGUUGAAUUUAGAAAUACUUCAUAGAGAUGAGUUGCUCUGGAUGUUUAAACGCAGCAAACAAGGGAGGGGAGAACUCCCGGGAUGGAGCAGGGACAGAAGAGAUGCUGCUGAGAUGGAAGGUGACAGAAAGGCAGCCAGCAGGAGGUAGUAGUUAUGUGCUGACACAAUGUACACAUCCCAUUGGAUGUACUAGGUAGAAGAAACUGUGACUCCACUAAGAUUAACUGCAAGGUGGCCAUUAUUUACUGUCAAGCCUGCUGUAGUCACUGGUGUCUGGGUAACCUGUGUCAGUUUCUAUGGGUCAGAAACACCUUUGCCUUUCAGAAGGCACUGCAGCUGAUCUUUGUAUACGAGUCAUUGUAAUUUAACAAUUUCUCUAAUAAACCUUGGCCGCCUAAGUGGAA